AUGGCGACUCCAAUAACACGAGCACCCAGCGAAGAUGACCUCUCGUCGCCCGAUCCCCUCAACGACAACCUAUCGUCCGCCCUCUACCCGUCGACAAAUCGCGUGACCCGAAGCCAGCGGUCCCAGCGAUUGUUCUCCGUCGGAGGCCCCGGGACGUCGCCUAGAAAGCAGAUGUUCGAGCUCGAGGUCGGAGACAAUCGCAAGCCGCAACGCCUACUAGUUACCGUUGAAGCCGAGGACGAGUACGAGAAUGUCGGGCGCAGACUAUUCAACGCGCAAACACCCAGCCUCAGGAGAGGCACGACUACAACCACGAUUCCGCUCGGCGGCGAUAAGAGAGCCACGGCGAUCAAGACCCCGGCGCGGAGGGGUCGUCCACCCAAGAAUGCGACGCCAGGACCCAGCGGCGCAGGUACCGGCACCACAACGAGAAAGAGGAAGGGAACACCAAGGGGAACGCCCAGACCGGCGCGCAAACCCAAGAUUGGAGACUCGGACGAUCUAAAUUCAGACAUGACCAUUCCUCAAGGCACGCCGAAAUCCAUAAUGCGCCGCCCACGCGGUUCUAGUCGCCAGGGUUCCACGGAUCCUGCGCCUUCGACAACGCGGCGCCGCGGCAGGCCAAGAAAGGUCGAUUUCAACCCCGACGAAACUAUCCAUACGAUUGAGGACUUCGACCAGGCUGUCCCGCCAUCGGACGAUGUUCUUGCGGCGGGUAUGCAACAGAUGGAUGUGGACUCCACCCCGGCGCGGGAGCAACCGACGGAGAACGUACCAGAGUCUGAUGGGGAUAUCUGGAUGGCAACGAUGGAUGAUGAGACAACACCGCGGCCGAGGAAUCAUGGAGACACGAGCCAACGGCGCAUCUCGUCCCCCUCCCAUCCCAAAAAGAGCCCGACACCGUUUGAUUCCGACGAUGGCAACGAACCCGCUUACGAUAACUACGACUUUGGCCCAGGACCGGCGAGCGAUAUUUCUUCUCUAGUCGGCGACGAUGCUCAUCCCAGCAGUGGCUCUCGCGACCGAGAUAUGGACACCGUCGCCCAGGGCGAAGACUUCAGCAUGAUCUUUGCGAACUCGAUCCCGUCACUUAAGAGUAGUAUGGGCGUGCAAGCAUCCGGCCCGGAAGACUUUGGCGAUGAAACAAACAUGAUUAUUAACCAGACUCUGGAAUUGCUGAGGCAGAGUGGCGCUUUGCGCCCGGACGACGAAGACGAGGAGGAUGAGGUCGUGGGCAUUCCCACCCAGCAGGCGGAAGAGUCUAGAAUGGAGGUCGAACAUGAUGUGACGCUUCACACCUCGCCAUCGACUAGGAUAGAAGCUCUCAUGGACUCUCUGGUUGACAACUCUGUCGACAUCAAUAAUGAGACGAUCCCCGAUGUGACUGGCGAAGUCAACGUUGAGUCCAUCGUGGAUAUGAGCGCUGUCACCCACUCACCCGUCGAUCUCCCAUCCCUGCCGACUCCAAGGCUUCGCGCACCUUCGUCAGCUGCAGGAAGCGAUGGCACGCCCAGCAAGGGCAAUCAGUCGCCUGCCUGGAUCCGGAGCAGCCCUCGCCGCAAGUCUAUCCCGCUGGGUAGGAAGCUCCUCGAGUCCAAGGCACGCCAAAUGGAUGACUCCUUUUCCAGCAUUCCCUCCAAAAUUCUAGCCGCUGCGACACCUGCCAAGAAGACCUCUAGGCGAAGCUCGACCUCAAGACGAAGUUCGGGUGUGAGACGAAGCUCGAUGGCCAACGAGGAGGACUCUGCCGCGUAUGAGGAUGAUUUCUCCGAGAUCCCCGAAGAGUAUCUGGAGGCUGCUACCCCUGGCAGGACGCUGCAACGAGUGGAUGAGACCGAGGUCAACGAGGAAGAAGAGGCCGAAGUUGAGGCGCAAGAGGACAGGGGUAUGGAGGAAGUUGAAUUGGCAGAGGAAGAGCCCCCAAAACCUUCUCCGACAAAAAGUGCCGACCGUUCGAAUGCGAAUGUAUUCACUCGCUCAGACUCGAGCAGAAUGCUCACGCCGGACGACACUCUAUCUUCCAAUGAAGUUCCUGUCCCUGACUCCGAUGGCAAAACCAUCGAUGCGCCUCAAACGUCUCCUUUGGCCGAGCAGUCUCAAUUGCCGGGAGAUACGAGCAAGGUUAGGAAGCGUAGUUCUUCUCCUGCAGCCGAAGAGGCGGACGAACCCGUGGCGCCUCCUGAGAAGAACGCUGUAAGGAGGAACUCAGUUCGAAGCUCUUCGCUUCCCGUUGGAGACCUGACGACAAACUUGCCUCGUACGGCGAACGAAUACAUUACACCAGUAGGCCCGGCCUCAUCGCCCAUUCCGGCGCCUACUGGCAACCUCUUAGCACCUCGUGCGCCAUCGCCCGAGGCCGGCUUCCGCCCAACCCUGUCGCCAAUAGUCCGGGCCGGCCGAGCUCUACAGAGCGUCACAUCAGAUGCCUCGUCUCCUCCUCGCCAGAACUCGCUCGGCAGCCCGUUCAGACCGACUACUAGUAGCAGUCAGCUUCAGCCUCAGUCUGCCUCCAAGCCAAGAAACAGCUGGACCCAGCCACUUUCGAACUUGAUCCAGGCAGGCGCUCAGUUCUUCCAGUCUCCCACCAGGCUCUUGGCACAACCAUCAGUCCCGCAAUCAGUAAACCAAAGCCAACCCCCGUACGAGGAUCCUUUUGGCGCCGAAGAUAGUCAUAUCGGCCAGCCGAGCUUCAUGGAGGCCCUGGCAAAGAGUAUACGAUCCUCGUCGCCGAGCACAGCGGCAGCACGUCCCAGGUCAAUGUCGGGAUCUCUCCGUGCUGCGCCGGCCGACGAGGCCGAUGAGAUGAGUUGGAUGCAGGAAGAGCCUGCUCCUCGCGAGCAGCCAUUUGCCCCGUCGCGAUCUGUCAAUUCUAGCAUAGACGCAAUCGGCAACUCGUUUGGCAGCCAACAGCGCAGCUUUGAGGCUCGGCCAAACCUUGAGGCCCAGCGCAGCUUCGAGUCUCAGCCUGGCUUUGAGCGCCAGGACUACGAUGCCGGUGACGAAACCGAGGUUGAAGAGCAGGAGCCAGAGGAAGAGGAAGAGCCAGAGGAGGAUUAUGCAGAAGAAGAGGAGGACGAUGACAUCUGGGCAGUUGAGGCUUCACGACCGGCUUCGCAGUCAAGCCGCCAGCGCGACUUUGGCAAGCAAUCCGUCCAAUCGAUCCCUGCUCGCCGUGCUGCCCCAAGCCCGUGGAAGAGAGGCCCCGAAUCACCAAAGAAGCCACCUGUGUUCACCCCAGCUGCGUCUCGUGCCCACGACUCAAUGGCUGAUGACGCUGAGAUAGAGGACUUUUCAAUGCUCUCUCAGCAGCGCAGUCGCCAGAAGCAAAUCCCGCACAAGGCCCUCAAUAUGGCUCAGCACUCGUCCGCUAAGAAGGACCUAUCUGCCUUCUUCUCAUCUCCGGCCCUCUUGCCCGGCACCGAGGGCGUUCGGGACAUCCUGGACGCGAAAAAGCGACAGAAUGCCUUGGCCCAGAGGGACCUCUCACAGCCUGCCGAGCGCUUCCCUGGGGGGCUAGAGACGAACUCGAUGUUCCCCUCCGUCCCGCAAAAGGCAUUCAACCCGUCCCAGAGCGGGCGAUCAGAUCUCUUCUCUCCUGCAAAGCCAAGUGCCGUCAAGAACGCCAGCGCUGUCACAGUCCCUGAUGUUCAAAAUACCCGCCGUGAGCUCUUCGCCUCCAGCAGGAGCCGGCCCAACAUGCGCCAUCAGUCAGAGAUUCCCGACUCUCAGCCCGCAAUGUCGUCCGAAAUCUCCUUCCUCCCCGUCGCUCAGAAGCAGAACUUCACCCCGCGGUCAGGCCAGAAGACGAACAACCUCUUCACCAAGGCCGCCGCCCCGGUUCCUUCCCUGACCCCGGUUCGCAUGCAGCUCACCCGCGCGGACAUCAAAAAGUGGCAGGAGGAUAGUGCCUCAGCCAUCGCAGAAGACAGUCCCGAGUCCCCGUGCCGCAGCAGCCUCCGCCCCCUGCCCGACAGGAACAUGUCACCCCCAAAGUCCUGCCUGCGCUCCCCCCUGAAGCCGCGCACGCCGGGAAGGGUCGUCGAGUUCACGAGCAGCGUGCUCUCCCCGCUGGCGCAGGCACAAGCCCGCGCGGAGCGGCGUAUGUCCGCCAGCUCCAACGGCAGCGCCGCCGGCCCCGCCGCGAUCGCCUUCGCGCCGCAGCGCAGCAUCACGAUUAUCGAGGAGGACAAGGAGAACGACGUGUCGGAAGAAAACGAGGAGAUGGACGUGUCCAUGACUGACGUGCCCCAAGCGGAUCUCAGCAACCCGCCCAAGCCCGUCGAGAAGCGUCUCUCUCAGACGAUGUGGUCCCGCAACCACUGGCUUCUGAUGGACGAGCUCAUCCACCUGCGCAGGCGGGGCCCCUUCAACUUCCGAUGGCCAGCCGGCUUCCAGUCGAAAUCGGGCUGGUUGCUGGGUAAGUCGGUCAACUCGCACGGAUCCAGUCUGCUUAUGGAGCAGUGGCACCUUGACGUUGUUGACGCCUUCAAGGCCGAGGUUGGCGGGUGGGAUGAGGAGGUGCUGGCCAAAAGGGCCUUUUCGUUGAUUGUGGGAGAGCGGCUCCGCAGGGAGCAGCGCGCGCCUAAAGCAUCCUCGGUGAAGUUUGUUUAA